AUGAAGACGCCUCCAUCUUGGUUUCUAUUUCUCUUUCACUUACUUCGCAGGAAAGUGAAUUCGUCUUGGUUUAUGGGAUUCACGAAUUGGGGGAAUCUCUACACUAAUUACGAGUUUGAGAUUACCUUGACGAAGAACAGCCUGGUCAUCUUCAACUCCCUAACGAUCUUAAUGGUCUUCUUCAGUGGCCAUGGUUCAGAGCUUCUCACUGAUAAAGAUAAACGGAUAUAUUUCAUUGUUGCUGGAGUUGCGGCCGUUGUACAUGCUUCUUCUUCACUUGCCGAUGGAUGGAUUCGGGUCAAAGUGCCCAGAAAUCGCAUAUUCGCCGAGUUGAGUUUAGCUGCAGGUAUAACUACAAUUGGGUCCUCUGUUUUGGUUCUUGCUCACGAUUUCUGGGCAUAUUUUCUCGCCGGUUUCGUCUUCGCUCUCGCCAUGACCAUAAUAUGCCUCUUCAUCAAGCCCAAAGCAGAGAUGCAGAAAUCGAAUCCCCUCAUACACAAGAUCAUCGAUCAAGUAAGCAAGGAUUCAAAUGGAAACAAUGUCUUGUGUUUAGCUGCUCUCAUAUAUGUAGCUUUGAAAGCCGAUCAAGUAGAUAUAGAUGAACUGAUUGCAUCCAUGGUUCCCAUUGAGGUAAAAGUAGAUGAAACAGCACCUGUGGAUAGGUCACAGAAACCCGAACUUGAUGAAAUCUCAAAGAAAACCCCUCCCAAGAACACCAAGAAGCAGCCAUUAUACAUGAAAUCUAGUACUAAGGUAUUGAGUAUGGCCAAAAUAUGGGAGGCUUCUCAUGGGUUAUCUUCAACUGGUGUUGAAGCAAGGGAUGGAUAUGUUGUCCGAGGUUUUGUCAACCCUGGAAACACUUGUUUCUUUAAUGCGAUUAUGCAAAGUCUUAUGUCCUUAGAUCCCUUGCGCAACUUCUUCAUGAAAGAGGAUGUGUGUGAAGGGCCUCUAGCUUGUUCCCUUCAAAAGUUAUUUACUGAAACCAAGGCAGGCUUGAGGUCCACAAGUAUUGAUCCUACAGAGUUUUAUAGGUUGUUCUGUGAUAAUGCACCACAGUUUAAAGGUUUUCAGCAGCAGGACAGUCAUGAGCUACUAAGAUAUUUGCUAGAUUCGUUGCACACAGAAGAAUCGGCCUUGAGAAAAAUGCGUGGUGUUUCUGAUAUUACAUCUACUCUGGUAGAUUCUGUAUUUGCAGGGGAAACUUCGAGGACUCUUUCUUGUAUGGUAUGCGAGCAUGUCAGUGUAGAAUAUGAGCCAUUUAUGGAUCUCUCUGUAGCUAUAUCAUUCAAGAAAACCCCUAAGAAAAUGCAGCAAACUGUUUCUCCAGGAAAGAAAUUUAAGGCUUCCCAAAAAGAAGACCCUGAGAGUGUGCCAAUGGAUACUGAUAAUGUUGUAACCGGCCUUGGCAAUAAGGAGGUCUCAGAAAGUGUAAAACAGAGUGAAGCUUUGGAAGCCAGCGGAUCUGAUCCUGAAGAUUCAGAUUCAGUGUCUAUUGAGAGAUGUUUGGAUCAUUACACUGAGCUUGAGGUUUUUCCCGAUGAAGAUGCUUGGAAUUGCCCUGAGUGUUUACAGUUGGACAACGAAACUGCUGUUUCGGCUGCUACAAGGCGAGAUACAACUUCAAGGACACUCAUAAAUAAAACCCCUGAGGUCUUGGUGAUUCAUUUGAAGAGAUUCCUCAAAGAUGUCAGUGGUAGGGUAAGAAAAUUAGAUGCUCAUGUUGAUUUCAAAGAGGACAUCAAUCUUACACAGUGGAUGGAUAAAAAAAGCAAAGAGGACAUGGUGACUUACAGACUCACAACAUUGGUUGAACAUUUCGGGAAUAUGACAAAUGGUCACUACGUUUCUUAUGUGAGAGGAGGAGGCCAGGGGGUUUGGUAUUCCAUAAAUGAUACUUUUGUCCAUCAGGUUCGUCUUGACGAUGUGCUGAGUUCUCAGGCCUACAUUCUGUUUUACGAACGCAUCAUCGCACAAGACUGA